AUGUCAAAGACAUCCAUCAAGUCCAAGUCCAGUCCACAUGCACAUCCACUUCCACCAAGUCCCCGAAAUCUUAUCCCUGUCAGGCAAGAUCCGCUUUUCAAAGGGUUCGAAAUGUUCCAGCCAUUCCAGAACAUUGACAUUGACAGACAAACCCUUAAGGAUCCUAGGAUAUCCAAGCGACCCGCCGCGCCUGUUAAUCCGGUAAUUCCUCGCUUUCCCUUGUCGAUUGAUCUCUUCAGGGUUCCAAAAAGAAAUAAUUAA